AUGAGCCCUGACAUUGUGUCAGUGAGUGCCGCAAUCACGGCUUGCGAGAAGUCCUCGCAGUGGCGCCUGGCGGCUGAACUUUUUGGCAGUCUUGAGACCCGACGACUCAAGGCAAACGUAGUAUCCCUGGGCGCAGUGAUCAGUGCUUUCGAGAAAGGGGGUGAAUGGCAGCGGGCGUUGGAAAUGCUGUUGGCAAGCCAGCUGCACCGGCUGCAGGUCAACACUGUGGCCUGCAAUGCUGCUCUCAGUGCAUGCGAGAAACGUGGACAAUGGCAGAUGGCACUGCGGUUGUUGCAACAUGCCAUUGACGAGACCAUUGACGUGGACGUCAUUACGUACAGCGCUGCCAUAAGCGCCUGUGAGGAAGAGGCCGAAUGGCAGUCUGCACUGCAGUUGCUUCAGGAUCUUAGACGCCGCCAUCUGGCGGCAAACGUUGUGUCAUUGACUGCCGCUGUCAGCGCUUGUGCCAAAGGCAGGCAGUGGCAAAGUGCAAUCGCAUUGUUUGACGAGCUGCGGUCGGCAAAUCUGCGGCCAAACAUCGCCAGCUACGAUGCAGCUCUCCUGGCGUUAGACGAGUCUGCGCGCUUUGAGGAGGCGCUCAUGCUCUUCGAAGAGAUGAAGACGGUCUCCAUAGAGGCUGACUCGUUCCUAUACCGCUGCAUGCUAAACAUCUGCGAGAGAGCCGGUGACAGCAUCCUUGCGCUGACCUGUCUGCUGGACCUCGAGUCUAUGGCCUGGCACGCAACGGUUGAAAAAGCAGUGGGAGGGCAGAUGGCGGCGAGCUUUGCGCGAAAGAAGGUCGGCUUCGGCUCGAACAUAGCUGUAGCAGUCGCCUGUGCAUCAAGUGAGAGUAGAUCUGCGUUGAUGGUGGACGCGAAGCGGUCAGAACUGUCCGCUGGGCCCCAGGCAUCGGCAGUUCAUGAAAAGUCAGACUAUCCCCGCGAACAAACCAGAAUUGGGAAGAGCCCCCCAUUGCUAAACUUCAGACUUCAGCGUCCCAUUGCCUGCCGCCCCAUCGCCAUGGGCGAUUCUCCAGCCUUCCGUCGCUAUCUGGCGGCGCUGAAUGCGGAGUAUGACCGUGUCGUCACCGAGAACAUAGAGCUGCGCAAAGAGUUGCAGAAGGAUCCGCUCUGGAGCCUUCGUCGCUCCAGCGCAGAUUCCAGCCCUCCUGCACAGCCCAUCGUAGCCUAUGCUGCAACGCCUUCCACUUCCGUGCCCGGCGAGAUUGCAGGAGAUCCUCUUUGGCAUAUACGUGGAGAAGAAUGUGAGAUCAUUGAGCCGGUGAAAGCCAUCUCUGCGCAGGGGACUCGAGACUUUGACAGUAGCCACGAGAAGAGCCCUGGUGGUAAGACUCCUGCCCCCCCUGGCAGUCCAAAGAAGAUGUCGGUGAAUUACAAAAGGCAGAACUCCAGAUGGAUAGAUGAUGAGGAGUCGGAAGACAGUCCAUUGUUCUUGCUGAUGCUGGACGUUGUCCCCGCCCUUGUCAUUAUGCUCAGCGCUGCGGUCGCGGGUCUGAGCGCUGACAUUGAUCCAGACCACCCUGUUUGGCAGGCAUUCGAGAUUUUCUUCACGGUUUUCUUUAUCGGCGAAAUCCUGGUCAAGAUGCGGGUCUUCGGAGCGCGAGAAUACCUUUUGGGCGCGGACUGGUACUGGAGUUGGUUUGACAUUCUUUGUGUGACGCUGGCUCUCAUUGAUCUCGCAUUGACCUACUCCUACCUCAUUGCACCCUCCGGUGAACAGACAUCAUCCUCUGAAGGGGGAUCCCUGGCCUCGCUCAAGAUGCUGAAGCUGGCACGCUUGGGCCGGAUCAUACGGCUUCUGAAGUUCAAGAUCUUCCAGGAACUGAAGCUGAUGAUUCAGGGAGUCUUCACUGGCCUUCGUGUACUAUCCUGGGCGGUGAUAUUGCUCGUGGGCUGCAUGUAUCUCCUCGGAGUGAUAACGCGUACCCUGAUUGAUGGAAAGGUGCAUCCAGAAUUUGGGUCGGUUGAUGCAGCCAUGUUCACAACUUUCCGCUGUGUCACGGACGGCUGCACGGCCUACGAUGGGACUCCCCUGCAAGAGCGGCUGCGGAUGGACAUCGGCCCCACGUUCAUGCUCGUGUAUAUCCUAUUGUUCCUCUUCGUUACCAUCGGCAUCUUCAACCUUAUUAUGGCUGUCUUCAUCGACAACGUCACAGACGGGAGCACGAAAAAACGUCAGCGGCAGUUGGGCGCGAAUGCCCCCAAGACCGAAUGGCUUAUCUCAUCCGUGCUGAGGAACAUCAUUUUGACAAAGAUUUUGCGAAAAGAAGCUGAAGAGGAGAUGAUGAAUGAUGACUAUCAUUCUCAUGGUCGUCGGCCAUCGAAGAUCCUGAAGGAGAAGGUGGCGGCGCUUCAAGAGAUGUAUGGCUACAAGCCUCACACAGUGCAUGAGUACGAGCAGCUGACCAACGAAAUUCGCAAGGAGAUGGCGCGGCGUAGCGUGGUGGUGACGCGGGAGGAGUUCAACCAUUGGCUCGCAGCCGAGAAGGAGCUCAUCGCAACCUUGGACGACUCAGAGAUCGAUCUGUCAUGCAAGUCCGACCUGUUUGACGUGCUCGAUGCCGACUUGAGCGGAGAGCUGGAGUUCGAGGAGAUGGUUGACGGACUGCUCAAAUGCCGUGGACCUGCUUCAAAGACGGACAUCAUUGCUGCGCCUUGGCUUUCGUGCAUGCUGCCUAGGAUGUCGGAGCCGCAAAAGCAUCCUGCUCGCCCACUCAAGUAUCAAGUCCUCAGCUCGGGCACACGUGCAACACUCUGCUUCCAAGUGCUGCAGGACUGCGGACGAGACCGGGAAUGGCAACGUGCCCUGUGCCUAUUGCAAGACGCGCGUUCACAAGGUUGGCAGCCGAACUGCAUUGUCCGCGGUGCAGCUCUAAGCGCUUGCGCAUCGGCGGGGCGCUGGGAACAGGCGGUUCAGCUGCUAGCUGACCUGCGGGAAGACAGCCUGGAUGCGAACAUCAUUCUCAUCAGCGGCGCUGUUAGUGCAUGUGAGAAAGGCCGAUGCGCAUUGCUUGAGCGACAGUUCGUGCUUGCCAUGGUUGGGGUCAUCUCUUACAAUGCUGCCAUCAGUGCUUGCGGGAAGUGCGAGAAAUGGCAGCUUGCUGCUGGGCUUCUGUGUGAUCUCCGGCGAAACCGCUUGCAGGCAAGCAUCAUCACUUGCAACGCCAUCAUUAGUGCCUGUGGCCAGGGCCGGCAGUGGCAAAGGGCUCUGUGCUUCUUGCAGGAUGUACAGGAACUGGCGCUGGAAGUCAGCAUCGUGACUCUGAGUGCAGCCAUCUCUGCGUGUGAAGAAGGCGGAGAAUGGUGCCACGCUCUGCAACUUCUUGAAGACAUCAACAGCUUGCGGCUUCAACGGAACAUCGUAGCCUAUAAUGCGGCUGUGAGUGCCUGCGGAAUCGCUGGCCAGUGGGAAUAUUCCGUGGCCUUCUUGGACCUCUUACCGGAGCUGUCCCUGCAGCCAGACAUCUACACCUACUCAGCAGCAAUCAGCGCCUUCGGUGACGGCGAGAGAUGGGAUCCGCAGUGGGAGCAGGCACUGCACCUGUUCGCAGAGCUCCAAAGACAGAAGAUGCUGCCGAACAUUGUGACCUUUGGCGCCGCCGUGACGGCCUGCGAAAAAGGUGGCCAGUGGCAGGCUGCAUUGUGUUUGCUGGAGGACCUGGCCGCCCGCCGGAUCCCCAUCAAUGUCCUGACAUGCAAUGCAGCCAUCUCUGCUUGCGAGAAGGGCAAGCAAUGGCGGCAUGCUCUUUGGCUGCUCGAUGCUCUGCACCAGGGUGGCUACCACGCAGAUGUGAUAUCCUUCAGCGCGGCCAUCAGGGCUUGCGAAGAUGACGCGCGCUGGGAGCAAGCUCUCAGUCUCUUUGAGGAGAUGAGGCAGCAGCAGCUGCCUGCAAACUCCAUCACGUUCUGCGAGGCUGUUGGCGCCUGUGAGAAGGGCCUGCAAUUCGACCAUUCUGCACGACCCAUGACUGCAAUUGUCAGUGGAUGGCGGUUUGCUGGGCGACUGUCAGCUUUACGCCUUGGCACUGCCGCUGACUUGAUGGCUGUUUUCGGCCUGUUUCUUUGCGGCGCCGAGGCCUUGAAAGCGGGCCUCAUGACCUCCAGCAGUUUCGAUGGGCAGCAGGUGGACUUCCUCGACGCGGGAGACUGUACCAGGCAUAUGUGCAGCGACGGCUGGGUGCCAAAGACAGACCAUCAUGAGCUGCAAGGCUCCAGCGACGCGCAAUGCUGCCGGAAAACGUGCGCGCUUUGGAGCUGCGGUCCCGGUUAUGUGGCUGACGCCAGGUACGCCGGGAAUGUUGGCAGCUCCGAUGAGCAUUGCUGCGACAAGACUUGUGCCGGCUUCUCCUGUCCAGCCCACUUCAAGGUGUCUGCAGAGAAGUCGAAGCUUGCGGGCCUGACCGAGGAGGAGUGCUGCGCUCCAACGUGCUUUAACGUGACAUGUUUGCCGAACUACGUGAAGAUCAAGGGGAAUGUGGACAAGCUCUUCGCCAAGGAUGCGGCACAAAGCACCUGCUGCGAAGCAACCUGCGCAACGCACACCUGCGAUGAGUCGCAGGGACUGGCAGUGGACCCGAAGAAACUGCAUUUCACGGACGUCAGCGACAAGCAGUGCUGUAGCCCGACUUGCGCAAGCUUCGAAUGCGCGGAAGGGUAUGCUGUGCCUUCCUCCAAGGAGAAGAUGGUGGGCAGCAAGGAGGAGUGCUGCCAACCGCUGUGCAGCGCCUACAAAUGCAGUGCGGGCUGGAAGCCAGAUCCCGUAAAGGUGACCGCUCUCAAGCACUCGGACGAGGCUUGCUGCCAGAAGACUUGCUCGAAGUACACCUGCAACGAUGGUUGGACAAAGAAGCCAGGCGCGGACGACUUCGUUGGUGUGGAUGACCAAACCUGCUGCGUGAAGACAUGCAGUCAGUACCAGGACAAGUGCACUGGCAAUUUCGCUCCAAACCCGGCUGUAAACAAAACGGCCGGCGACACCGCGGACGUUUGCUGCAAGAAAACUUGCGCCCUCUACUCCUGCGGUGCUGGCAAGAGCCUCAAGCCCAACCCGCAGGAGAUUGUCGAUGCAACUGACGCAGCAUGCUGCGAGGAAGCUGCCUGCGCCGAAUUCCGCAAGAAGACGGUGAUAUCGCUGGAGGAAGGAGGUUGCAACGGCUUGGACAAGGAGAAGUGUAUUGCCAGCAAGCUGAAGCUCAACAACACCGAGACCAACGCAACGGAUGAGUUGGCAUGCGUCUGGAAAGAGAAGUGGAGCCAGGGCGGGCACGGGUGCUUUGUUGGUCCGGUCAAGCCUUCUAGCUGCUGA